ACUGUCACGUCAUCUUCAGCUGAUACGUCUACUACUGUCACGUCAUCUUCAGCUGAUACGUCGUCUACUGUCACGUCAUCUUCAGCUGAUACGUCUACUGUGAUACAAGUCGUGCUGGAAUCAGGAGCAAGUAUCAUCGGCCAGACCGAUUCUACAGAGACUCUGAGUUCUCUGAUGUCCUCCUACCUUGAACUCACCACCCAUGGCCAGUCCUCAGAUGCCAUGUCCUCACUGACCAGCUCAUCAGAAGCAGUAAGCCUCAUUACAAGUUCGCCAGUAAGUGACCUUUAUUCUGAUUCGGUUGUUGAUAGCGCGCAUAGCUCGUCAACAGAACCAUCAAGCGCUGCACUGCCGACAUCUGCUAGCUUGCUACCUCAACAUUCCGCCGAGUCCAUUGCUUCUUCAUCUGAUACAUCAGGUCAAACUAACCUCAUCACGCAACUGUCAGGUUCAGCUUCGUCAUCUUCUUCUCCUGUCAUCCUAUCUACAGAUGCUACUGCUGUGUUCUCCUCUGCAGCUUCUGAUGCCACUUCUUCAGCAACUACUACAAGUUCGAUAUCACCCGAAGAGUCGACGGCUACUGAUGUGUAUGUGUCUUCGUCGAUCGUAAUGCAAUCCUCUGCUGAUUCCUCAUCACUGUCAAGCGUAAUGCCAUCCUCUGCUGAUUCCUCAUCACUGUCAAGCGUAAUGCCAUCUUCUGCUGAUUCCUCAUCACUUCAUCAACGUAAUGCCAUCUUCAGUUGA